GCGUGUUGAACACGAAAGAGUUCUAAGUUCAGUCACAAAGGCAAGUUCGUUCACUCGCCGGCUCCGAGACGAGAGAAUAUUCUAGAUCUAAAAGUGUAGACAGCUAAGAAAGUCUGUUCUUUUGUUUCUUUACACUGUACAGCAAGCACAAAACACAAUGUCCAGCGCAGCUAAACGACUAAUUCCCUUGCUCGACCGUGUUCUCAUCAAGAGAGCUGAAGCCGUAACCAAGACCGCAGGCGGCAUCGUGAUCCCGGAGAAGGCUCAGUCUAAGGUCCUACACGGCGAGGUUAUCGCCGUUGGUCCCGGCUCCAGAAAAGACAAUGGUGAAUUCAUUCCAGUGCUUGUGAAGGUCGGUGACAAAGUUCUUCUUCCCGAAUACGGCGGCACCAAAGUCAGCCUGGACACCGAUGAGAAGGAAUACCACCUCUUCAAAGAGUCUGAUAUACUCGCCAAAAUUGAAAAUUAGAAUUAGUUAGAUUUAAAAUUUGUGGUUGAUUCUGGUUCUGUUCUGUUAGUCAUUUAGAAUUUGUAGUGAAUGAACAUGUGAUUGUGUAAUAAGCCGGUUGCCGAAGCAUUGAUGUUAACGACGUUGCAUUUCUAAUUAUAAUAUUGUUAUAAA